AGAUGAUGCCCUGAUGAAUGCGUGUGAUUGGUCGGUCGUUCGAUGACGUCAUGACGUGCUAGAAGCAACAUGGCGACUCGCAUUACACACGUGUUCUCUGAGCCUUGGUCGCACUCAAAUGUUGUGCGAGGAAUUUGGCGGCGAAUUAGGCCCCAGUUUCGACAUGAGGUCUCGUUGCGUCCCGUUUUUGCCCCUGAGAGCAGACAUGUCUUCGUGCAGACUCGUGGAAUAUCGUCGUUGGGGACCCCAAGACCGGGCAAGUUUGGAAGAGUCCGAGUUUCGUCUGUGUGGACGAAGGGAAACCCCAGCCAGAUUCUUCUUGCACGGGUUCAAGAUCCUCUCACAAUUAUGGGGCAAAUCUGUACAUCAAAGAAGAGUACUCAAGAUGCGGACCGAGUGACGCAUCCAAAGCCAACCAUCUCUCACGUCACCUAUGAAGAUGUUAAAGGUCUUGUGGAGAAACAUGAGGGAGUAAUCAUUGACGUUCGAGACAGGGAUGAAGUCCAGCAAGAAGGGAAGAUCCCAUCUUCUUAUCUCCUCCCAUUGGCAGAAAUCAGCGAUUUAUUUGAGCUAGAUCCAGGAGCCUUCGAGAAAAUACAUGGCUACCCCAAACCCUCAAUGAAGGAGGCAAAUCUGAUUGUCCAUUGUUCAGAUGGCAAAAAGGGGGGCCAGGCAGCUCAGAAACUCUCUGCAAAUGGAUUCCAGCCAAAGAUUUAUGCUGGCUUUGAAAAUUGGUGCCACAAUGGAGGUCCAGUGGAGCAAUUUCUCACACUGGAGCAGAUUCGCCAGCAGAUCAACAAGGCAAAGGGUCUCAUUCUUGAUGUCCGCAACUGGGAUGAGAUUGCACGGGAUGGCAAACUUCCCACGACUAGAUGCCUCCCAUUGAAAGAGAUGGAUGCAGCCUUUAAAAUGGACCCAGAAGCCUUUAAAAAGGAGUAUGUUUUCCCAAAACCCCUAUUGAACCAAGAGGAUCUGGUUGUCCACUGUUACAAGGGAAUUCAAGCCUCUGCUGCUGCUGCUAAGCUCUUCACCCUUGGAUAUAAACCUAAGACCUACAGUGGAUAUGCAGAGUGGAAGGAGAAUGAGCAACCUGUGGAGAAAUGGUUGAGUUUUGAGGAAGUGAAGGAAGCGAUUGAGAAGGAGAAGGGUGUCAUCAUUGAUGUCCGCAAUCACAAGGAGAUCCAGCGUGAUGGGAAGUUCCCAACUACAAAAAUAGUCCCUUUGCCAGAGAUGAAGGAAGCAUUUCAAUUGGAUCCUGAUGACUUUCAAAAGAAGUAUGCAUUCCCAAUGCCACCAAAGAACCAAGAAGGUCUGGUCUUUUACUGUCGAAAGGGCAUGAGGGCUACUGAGGCUGCUGGCGACCUCUACCUGCUUGGUUAUCGGCCAAGUGUGUACACUGGAUACGUGGAAUGGGUUGAGAGGGGAGGUCCUCUGCAGCAGUGGGUGCUAUUUGAGAACAUCAAAGAGCAAGUUGACUCUGGAACAGGUCUCAUCAUUGAUGUGAGGGACCAUGAUGCCAUCAUUAAGGAUGGCAAGAUCCCCACUGCAAAGAUUGUUCCCCGCCUCACUCGUCAGGGUAAGGUAGCAGAGGUCUAUGGCAAAGCAACCGAAAAGUCACUGAAUGCAAACAAGGAAAAGAAAAUUAUAAUGAAGAAGCUGCAAGGGAAAGGACAAAAGGAAGAGAAGAUUUGGGCAGGGUUAUGGGACAGGAGAAGCAGGAAAGAGGAUAAUGUAAAGACGAUGGGAUGGGAGGGAGAGGCAUUGCCGGAGAUACAAGAGGCAUUCCAAUUGGAUCCAGAGGCAUUCCAAAAGAAAUAUGUAUUCCCACUGCCAUCAAAGACAGACUCAGACCUGGUUGUCCACUGCAAGCUUGGUCUCAGGGCUUCCCAAGCAGCUGGCAUCUUGUACCUUCUUGGAUACAGGCCCAAGAUCUACAGUGGAAUGCAAGACUGGGUGGAAAAGGGAGGUCCUGUGGAGAGGUGGGUCACAUUCGAGGAGAUGCAAGAACGGGUCAGCAAACAGACCGGGCGCACCAUUGAUGUCCGAAACACCAAUGAGCUCCAAACUGAUGGCAAGAUCCCCACAACUGACAAUGUCCCGUUGCCAGAAAUGAAGGAAGCAUUUGAAAUGGAACCAAGUGCCUUUGAAGAGAAAUACGGAUUCCCAAAACCCGGCAAGGAUGAAGACCUUGUCCUUCAUUGCAAACUUGGUCUGAGGGCAUCUAAAGGAGCUGGCAUCCUUUAUCAUUUGGGUUACCAUACACGGGUUUACAGUGGCAUUGUGGAAUGGAAGGAGAGAGGCGGGCCCAUAGAGAAGACAGAAGAAUGAUGGGGCACUUCAGGACAGGACCCCUUUUGCGUAAUUUUUCUUGCCGCCAAAGUGGCUUUCAUCCUCCCACAAUAAAACCUUUCAUGCAGUGAUACUGAUGCUCUAGAUGCUGGCUCACUUUUGGUCGCUUGACUCAUUCAAGGGACUGGUGCAAUCUUGCUCAUUUUAUUCAAAUGAUUCUGUGUUGAUUGAGAAAAUAAAUGUAUUUAUUCUAGUUUCAA